AUGUCCCGCAGUGGAAGCACCUCCAGCUCAGCCCUGAAACGCGGGCCCCCUUCCUCAUUCGAAGGACUUGAGGACGAGACGAGCAAGAAGCGGUUCAAAGAGGACUUGGGAAAUGAGCCAGAUUGCGAGAAGUCUGCCGCUAAACCAGGUUAUGAGGCCCUUGCAGAGGAUCUUGCUCAAGAACUUCAAUGCGGUUGUUGCACUGAGCUAGUGUACCGACCGGUGGUCGUGUCCCCUUGUCAGCACUUCUUCUGCGGCAGCUGUUGCGUUUUGUGGAUUCGUGUGAGUUUUUGGUCUCCAGUCUCCAGUCGUUCCGUGGCACACCAUGCGCUUACCCGACACAUCGGGUAUUCAUGCUGGCUGCAUGCGUUCAUUCUUUCCCCCUUUUUGUAUCAUCACGGAGCUAUUGAUCUAACGAGUACCGACUCCAGAAUGGAGGUACGAACUGUCCUGCAUGUCGAGGGGUAUCUACUAUCGUUACACCAUCACGCCCCACUGCAAUCGAUCGUCGAUAUUCUUCUGCGUGCCGAUCCGUCACGAGAACGCGCUGAACGAGAACGAAUUCAGGCGGAUGAGGUAUACAAGGCUGGAUGUUCUAUGAGGAUCCCAACACCACGAGAGGCGUCACCAGAACCCAACCUGAAUCAAAAUGCGGAUUAUGUUCGCCCUUGUCCUCAUUGUACGCCGGAUAAUGCAUUCGGUUGGAGGUGCCCUCAGCCCGUCAUCGAUUACGGCGUCGACCCAGAGCGUGCGUGGCACUUGGAUGACGGUAAUCCUCCUGGUCAUGCAUUUUGCGGGAACUGCGAAAAUCUUCUCGCCUUGCGCGCUCCCUCCACAACAAAAUGUGACCUAUGCCAGGUCUCAUUUUGUGGCGUUGGUGUACCAGGGCGUUGCUUGGCGGCACCUUUGCUGUCUCAGCACCCUCACAAUAUGUCUGACCUCGGUGAUCUCAUCCAAUCAUCCGAAGUUUAUGGAUGCUUUGAUCAUAAUACCGUCGAAGUCGAUAUCAUGCUUGAUUACCUGACUGCUCAAGAACUUUCACCUCGGCAUAUUUAUCGCGAGGUUGCAUCACACAUUCUCUCUCAGCCUAAUGGUUUCCGCCCCCUAAUAGAGCUCGACUUGUUCGUGGAUAUCCACAGCGUUACCGCCGGGAUUGAUGAGAAUCCAGAUGCGCCGAGAAAUAGGAUAUGCAGACAGUGUGCUACAGAAGUCAUGCUCUGGGGUAUUAAGGACUGGUGGAUACGAGAAAGGCAGAAGGGUUUUCUUGAGGAAACUGUGACUCGCCGACCUGACUGUAAGGAAGGCACCUCCUGCAGCAGACAGAAAGAUCUCGCGCAUGCAAGGGAAUAUAAUCACAUCAUUGCCCCCCGUUUUUCGGGAGAUUCGAUCCUUUCCACCGAUGCAUCAAUGACAGGUACUCAAGGCAGCCCACCCGUAUUUGCUGCUACAACUGCCGAUGUCGAUGCCGCUAGGCAAUUAGAGCCAGAGAUGGGGGAAAGUCAGGGCAAUACAGCAGUAACAGAUCUCCCGACAAACUCCCUUCUCACUGAUGGACUAUGA